CAUCAGCUUUAUACGGUUCAGAGUAAAUUAAUUUCCCCUAGUCUUUGUAACCAAUGCUUUCUUAUCCUGCUUACAUCUUUCUACCAGUUGUAAAUAAGCAAACACAUUAAAAUCUAUAACCUCCCUUGAGAAGCAUCCCUCUUGACUUAAAACAGGGAACUCUUAAUAAACAGCCACUUCCCUUCUGAGAAAAAGAAGGCGACCCACUGAGUUCUCAUCAGCAAAGGGCACGGAUUGUGGCUGAGUCCGUGGGCAGCACCCAGCCAACGCUGCCUAGCUAAUCUUGCUUGUUCUCUUUGAUAAUAUAUAUUCUAAAAUGACAACGGGUUCCUCAGCAGGAACACAACAAAGUCUCUGUAGUUCUUUGCUCAUUAGGAAAACAGUCUGCCUUGUAACAAAGGGUUAUUGCGGGUUCUCUGAACAACUUGUUUGCUCUUAACUGAUGGAAGUGUAUCUGGAUGGCACAGCUGGGAUAUUCUGACUAAGUGCCCCUUGUUGUUAUAUUUAGACUCUGUGGUCUUGAAGGCUAAAAUGGGACCCAGAUUAAAUGAUUCUGGACAAAAAAGGGGGGAGCAUAGGGAGGGGAACUUUAUCCUAAAUGCACGGAGACCUGUGGCUAAAUUCUGAUUCUGAAGUUUCCCAUUAAUGUGUUGUCGAAGGCUUUCAUAGCCAAAAUCACUGGGUUGUUGUGAGUUUUCCGGGUUGUAGGCCAUGUUCCAGAAGCAUUCUCUCCUGAUGUUUCAGCCACAUCUAUGGCAGUCACCCUCAGAGGUUGUGAGGUCUGUUGGAAACUAGGCAAGUGGGGUUUAUAUAUCUGCGGAAUGUCCAGGGUGGGAGAAAGAACUUUUUUCUGCCUGAGGCAAGUGUGAAUAUUGCAAUUGGCCAGCUUGAUUAGCAUUAAAUAGUCUUGCAGGUUCAAACCUGGCUGCUUCCUGUCUGGGGCAAUCUUUUGUUGGGAGGUGUUAACUGGCCCUGAUUGUUUCUUACUGAUUUCCUCCUAUGUGAAGUUUGUUAAGCCAAACGAACAGCACUGGGAAUACAUCUGCACUAUAGAAUUGAUGCAGCUUGAUACCACUUUGACUGUCGUGACUCAGUACUAUGGAUUUCUAGAAGUUGUAAUUUUAGAAAAUCUGAAGUGCUCCCAAGUUCCCAUGGCAAUUAAAAUUUCAAGAUGCAUUCAUUCAAACAUUUAGGUGAACUCUGAAUUUUUGGAAAAUGUUAUUAUUUUUUGAGAUACUAGGAUUUACAGAAGCUGCCAGUUAAUCAAAAGAUGGUGUAUGUAUUAGGGAAAUGACCUGAAGUCCAUGUUUUGUCUUGAAACUCUUCUUCUUCUUCUUUUUUUUUUAAAGGUAAGCAGUUGGGGAAAUACCGGAAAUUUGUUUGAAAGGUGAUUUGCUUCUCCUGGAGCUUGAAGUUCUGAUGGUGGAGAUGCAGGAUCCAAGUUCUGGCAUCAAAAUGCAAACUCAGAAGGUCACCGUCUGCGACAUCCCGCAUGCUAUGUUUGGUGUUGAUAUAUUACAGUGGAUCGCGCAGCGCCUGAAGAUUACGAAUGAAGAAGCCCUGAACUUGGGGUGCAUGUUUGUCCAGUACGGAUACAUCUAUCCUCUUCAGAGCCCAAAGAAUCUUACUCUCAGACCAGACAGCAGCCUCUACAGAUUUCAGACACCCUACUUUUGGCCAACACAACAAUGGGCAGCAGAUGAUACAGACUAUGCUAUUUUCCUAGCCAAGAAAAAUAUCAAGAGAAAAGGAGUUCUUGAAGAAUAUGAAAAGGAACAUUAUAACAUGCUGAACCAAAAAAUCAACCACAAAUGGGACUUUGUUAUUAUGCAGGCAACAGAGCAGUAUAGGACUGGGAAAGAACGAAAGAAAGAAGACAGAUAUGCUCUGGACUGUCAAGAGAACGCUUAUUGGCUAGUGCACAGAACCCCUCCAGGGAUGCAAGACACACUUGAGUAUGGCUUAGAUCGAGCAACUGAUCCCCUUGAAGAUACGAAAAAAACAAUGGAAUUUUAUAGGAAAGAGAUCAUGUAUUACCAGCAGGCCAUUGCGAAGACUAGAGUAAAGUCCUCCGUAUCUCUAGGAGGGAUCGUGAAGUACUGCGAACAGUUCCGCUCCAACGAUUACUUGAUAUCACCAUGUCUCCCCAACAACCCCUGGCAAUCUGAUGAUAUUGACUUCUGGGAACUAAAUGCAAAACUGGUGGAAAUCCCCACCAAAGCCCGGGUGGAGAGAUGGGCCCUCAAUUUUAGUGAGUUGAUGCGGGAUCCUAAAGGCCGCCAGAACUUCCAGCUGUUCCUGAAGAAAGAGUUUAGUGGGGAGAAUUUGGGUUUCUGGGAAGCUUGUGAGGAUCUGAAGUAUGGGGAUCAAUCUAAAGUGAAAGAGAAAGCAGAAGAAAUUUACAAAACAUUCCUGGCCCCAGGAGCAAGACGCUGGAUUAAUAUCGAUGGUACUACUAUGGGCAUCACAGUCAGAGGCCUCAAACACCCUCAUCGCUAUGUCUUAGAUGCUGCACAGACUCAUAUUUAUAUGCUUAUGAAAAAGGAUUCUUAUGGUCGCUAUUUAAAGUCUCCCAUAUACAAAGAAAUGUUGUCCAAGGCAAUUGUACCACAAGAAGCAGCUCCAAGAAGCUCCAGCAACCCAUUUGGUCCCAAAAACCUCCGCUCCAGCCCCAGCCCCAUCAUCUUGAGGCAACAGGAGGAGGAAGCCAAGGCGAAGGAGGCGGCAGCCAAUGUGGACAUCACCCAGCGAUGCCAGUUUACUGCUCCAGUUCACCAUCUGACUGUUUACACUGGUGCAUCUGACUGUCCCAGUAUUCUUCCUAUUUCCUGUCAUACUCUGAGUGGUCGUCCUUCCCAAUGCCCUGGACACAUUACUCUGCCAAACAGCACUAGCCACCCAUUAUCUCUGAAUGUAGCUGAAAACAGCACCUCUGGAAUGAAUAGGGCCUGGCAUGCCAAUGGGACUAGCCGCAGUCCCUUCCCUUCCCUUACAGAAAGGAAUGAGAUCUCCAUGGAUUCUGAAGCAGGACCCUGCCACAGCUCCCAGGAUGCUGUGAGUUGUGAGAACAAGCUGCUGUCCAAGUCCCGGAUGGCCUUGUCCCUCAGCAGGUUCUUGAAGCGGGGUUGCUUGAACUCACCAGUGUUUGCAACGCUCUCUCCCAAGUGUCCUGCAAUGAGUCAUGCGAAAGUGCAGCCAUUAGAUGCUCUGAGCCAACCACUGCAACAGAAGUCCAAAAAACAAUCCAACUUCUUCUUCCAAAUAAAAGUGGACAUUCCCCUGGAGAACAAAAUUUACCCCAUAGACUCAGAAGAGGACCAAGAAAACGGUCACUGGGCUUACAAAGACUCUGCAAAAGAAGUGAUCUGCCCGUGGGAGAACUUGACAGAAGAAGGGAAAGUUGGAUAAUAAGGAGCCUUUGAGACUAUCAGGAUGUGACCUACUUAAAAUAACUAAUUUUUUUCCUUUCCCUGAGUCAGCAGGUAUAAUCACCUACAGUUGGGCUGAUAAAUCAGGCUUGUUGAAAGCAUGGGAACAAUCAAUGAGAGCCAUCCAGCAUCAAACCAUCCAGGUUAUAAAUAAUGAUCUUAGAUGCAUAUGUCUUUCCAAAUUCAAAAAAAUUGAGAUGUCUUUCGACCUAUUUCCUUUUUUGUCCUUAGAUUUCAGCCCCAUCACUUACAGGUUUCCUCAUAACUCUUUAAGCACAUUGAGCGUAUUUCUAGAGGAAUCUUUCCUGCCUGGUUAGUUUUUUUGGAACGCUUCAAUUUUGUUAUUGUAUUUACUAUGCUUGCUCUCCUUUUAGUAAACCAGGGUUUCAUGUACAUUUUAACUUGAUGGCUAGACUAGCAGGGAAUGUUAAGACCUACUAAUGAUUGCUCAUUUCAUAUCGACCUGGCACAGUAAUCCAUGUUAUUCAUGUUAAACUAAGACAUGUGAUAACAAUUAUAAUGAUAUACGACCCUUUUUUUGUUUUAUUCUAGCAGCAAAUUGUUCAGAUUCAAGGAAAAAGAGGAUGUAUUUGUGUGUGAGAGAGAGACAAGAGCAUGCACAAUGUAUUAGCUCAACUGAUAAGAUUGAUAGUAGUUAAACUGUGAUCCUGCCGUCCUUUAAAGUACAGUAGAGUCUCGCUUAUCCAACGUAAAUGGGCCGGCCAAAUGUUGGAUAAGCGAAUAUGUUGGAUAAUAAGGAGAGAUUAAGGAAAAGCCUAUUAAACAUCAAAUUAGUUUAUGAUUUUACAAAUUAAGCACCAAAACAUCAUGUUAUACAACAAAUUUGACAAAAAAGUAGUUCAACACACAUUAAUGCUCUGUAGUAAUUACUGUAUUUAUGAAUUUAGCACCAAAAUAUCAUGAUGUAUUGAAAACAUUGACUACAAAAAUGCGUUGGAUAAUCCAGAAUGUUGGAUAAGCGAGUGUUGGAUAAGUGAGACUCUACUGUAUUUAGAUAUCUAUGCUACCUUGGAAACAUUGUUUUCAGGGGUUCUUUCCCCCACAGUGAUUUGCCUAUGGACUUUAUCACAUGAAGUCCUUAUUCCUUGGUGAUUACAUGAUGACAAAUAACAGAAACAUGCCGGCCACGUGACCUUGGAGAUGUCUAUGGACAAUGCCGGCUCUUCGGCUUAGAAAUGGAAUGAGCACCAACCUCCAGAGUCGGACACAACUAGACUUAAUGUCAGGGGAAAAACUUUACUUUUACCUUUAACGAGGGAUUGAUUAAUUGUGGGGAGAAGACAGAUUGGCAGCAGGAUGCACACAAUGGCUUGUGAUAGGGACAUGUCCGUUCAGCUUCAAUACUGGUUUCCCUGCCUUUUGUGAUAAAAUCUUAUGUCUCUUUCAGAGAGCCUUAGAGCCACCCUGAGUUCCCUCGAGGAGAUAGGGCAGGCUAAAAUUAAAGCAUUAUUAUUAUUAUUAUUAUUAUUAUUAUUAUUAUUAUUAUUAUUAUUAUUAUUUUAUUAUGACACAGCAAACAAGAUAGACAUGCUGGACUUCAUAUCACAAAAUCACAAGUCGAACACUUCCCAAGUGUCUAGGACUGUGUGAUGUAUUUUCGGAUGAUGUGCACAGAUCCCAGUUGGGUGGCCUUUUGCAGUUGGCAGAUCGUAAUUUUGUCAAUGUCUAUUGUUUCCAAAUGCCGGCUGAGAUCUUUUGGCAUGGCACCCAAUGUGCCGAUCACCACCGGGACCACAUGCACUGGUUUCUGCCAGAGUCUUUGAAGUUCAAUCUUGAGGUCCUGAUAGCGGCUGAGUUUUUCCUGUUGUUUUUCAUCAAUGCGACUGUCACCUGGGAUGGCAACAUCAAUGAUCCAAACCUUUUUCUUUUCCACAACUGUGAUGUCUGGUGUGUUGUGUUCCAGAACUUUGUCAGUCUGGAUUCGGAAGUCCCACAGUAUCUUUGCGUGCUCAUUUUCCAAUACUUUUGCAGGUUUGUGAUCCCACCAGUUCUUUACUGCUGGCAGGUGGUACUUGAGGCAUUACUACUACUACUACUACUACUACUACUACUGUCUGUAUCAACCUUUGUUCAUGCCCCCUCCUUCCACAACCAAGCCAGUGGGCAAUAGAUUACACUUUGGGGUUAAUGUUAAGGAGGCUAUCUAGCAUGCUUAAUUCAUUUUGAGAAAUAAUAAUAAUUUAUUUAUUACCUACCUUUCCUUUCAGCUUAAGGCAUGGCACAGCAUAGCCAAGUACAUCUAUAAAAUCACAUAUUAAACCAUAGCUAAAAUGCAACCAUAAAAGCAUGUAUUAUAUAAACAUUAAAAUACCUAAGACAAAAGUUGGAACAAAUAAUGUGAUUUAAAAGUUAGUUAAGACGGACUGAUCUUCAGUUGUGUUUUAAAUUCUGACAGUUCAUUUAGCUAUUGGAGCUCUUCCGGAAGGUCAUUCCAUAGCCUUUUGUAUCUUGCAUAGCUCCUUUAAAGUUCAAACUGGAGUCAUCAUUAAAGGAGAACCACCAGUUAUCAUUGUAGCUAAUGUAUUUGUUGUGAAUUACUGUGACCUUAAUCCUGUGGUUUAUUCUAUCCUAGAGUAGAACCCACUGAACAAUGGGUAAACAUCUAAGUAAAUCACUGGGUCUGUUCUAGUUGGGGCUAACAGUAGUAUUCGGGUCUCUGUGUUUGUGUAAUUGCAAAACAUGACCUUUUAAGUGUCCCCCGCACAAAUCCAGUAGAGAAAAAUGGUUGAAUGCAAUGGUAACUUGCAUUGCUUUGAUAGUUAACACUCUGGUUUUAAGAAAAGGCACUCUGCACCAGAUUAGCCAAAGCACAAUAACUCUCACUGUUGUAAAAAUAGUCUUUAUUUAAAAAGGAAAGAACGCAAAUUGAUUGCUAGAUAAUGCAAGCAACUGUAAAGCCAAAGAACACAGAGAAUGACUUACCUAGGAUUCAUCUCAGAACAGCAACAAAUUAUGGAAGAUAUCUGUUUACUUCAGACCUUGCAAAACAAUUUAAGAAUAAGCUGAAGCUAAUGAAACAUCCUAUCUACUCACACCUCUAUCCAUUUCACUUUCAGUUGUUCCUGGAUUGAGGAUGGGAGCAAAGCCACAUAGCAGGCCACAUAAUUGAAACAGCAGCUACAGCAUACCACUUCUGUAGUUUGCAAAGGAAUCUUAUGCAGAUUGAGUUUCUGUCAUCUGAAAUACUUGUUACCAGAAGUGUUUCGGAUUUUGGAUUUUUAAAAUAUCUGUAUUUUGAUAUACAUAAAGAUAUAUCAUGGAGGGGGGACCCAAGUCUGAACACAAAAUUCAUUUGUGUUUCAUAUAUAUUUUAUACACAUAGUCUAAAGAGAAUCUUAUACAAUAUUUUGUAAUUAGUUUGUGCAGGAAACAAAGUUUGUGUACACUGAAACAUCAGAAAGCAAAGGUGUUACAGUAGAGUCUCACUUAUCCAACAUAAAUGGGCCGGCAGAAUGUUGGAUAAGCGAAUAUGUUGGAUAAUAAGGAGGGAUUAAGCAAAAGCCUAUUAAACAUCAAAUUAGGUUAUGGUUUUACAAAUUAAGCACCAAAACAUCAUGUUAUACAACAAAUUUGACAGAAAAAGUAGUUCAAUACGCAGUAAUGCUGUGUAGUAAUUACUGUAUUUACGAAUUUAGCACCAAAAUAUCACGAUGUAUUGAAAACAUUGACUACAAAAAUGCAUUGGAUAAUGCAGAACGUUGGAUAAGCGAGUGUUGGAUAAGUAAGACUCUACUGUACUAUCUCAGCCACCAAUGUGGAAAAUUUAGAAUUUUAGAGUAUUAUGGAAUUCCAGACAAAAGAUGCCCAACCUAUAGCACUUUUGAGACUAAUUGAGUAUGCCAGCAGUUUCAGCUGAUAAAAUAGACACUUCUCUGAAGAUGCCAGCCACAGAUGCUGGUGAAUGUCAGGAGAAAAUGCUGUUAGAACACGGCCAUACAGUCUACAAAAGCUUAUGCUAGAAAUAUGGUUCUCCUGGUAAGUCUCGAAGGUGCUAAAGGGUCCCACUGUAUGCUAUUACAGACUAACAAGGCAAAGUCUUUAAAGAUCUCUGUGUCUGGCAAUUCUGUCUGAAAUGUAGAGAGCAGUAGAACCAUUUACUCUCCACCCACUUUCCUAAACAGAGCUUUAUGGAGGACUUAACAGUAGUUUGUUGUUUGUUUGUCCAACUCUUUGUGAGCUCAUGGACCAGCCCACGCCAGAGUUCGCUGUCGGCCGUGGCCACCCCCAGUUACUUCAUGGUCAAACCAGUCACUUCAAGGAUACUAUCCAUCCAUCUUGCCCUUUGUCGGCCCGUCUUCCUUUUUCCUUUCAUUUUCCCUGCAUCAUUCUCUUCUCCAAGCUUUCCUGUCUUCUCAUGAUGUGGCCAAAGUACUUCAUCUUUAAUAUCCUUCCCUCCAGUGAGCAGCCGGGCAUUAAUUCCUGGAGUAUGGCCUAGUUGGAUCUUCUUGUGGUCCAAGGCACUCAGAAUUUUCCUCCUACACCACAGUACAAAAGCGUCUAUCUUCCUUCGCUCAGCCUUCCUUAUGGUCCUGCUCUCGCAUCGAUAGGUUACUUUCUGCACAUAUAUACUGUUAUGAAGGUUUCAGAUGGCUCCCAAAGUGAUGGUAGUGGUGUUGACAUUCAUGUAAACUAUUUUGCAAUUCAUUCAGCUAUAGUUUCUGGUAAGAAUUCAUCACAUUUAAAUUUUCACACAAUGCUCAUCAUCACCAUUACAUAAUCAGCACUCCAUAGCCAUAGAUUCUGCACACACAACCUUCCAUAGCUUGAAAAAAUAUAUAUAUUUUUAAAAAAUGAAAGCAAACUUUGAUUUUGCCAUUUUAUAUAAUACAAUAUAUGUAAUACAAUAUAUAAUGUUUGGUGUAUGUAGAAUAAAUAUAUAUUCUGUCUUUCAUUACCUAAUGAUUGAUCCAUAUAUAUUUGUUUAAGGAUAAGAUAUUUUGAUUUAUCCUCAGCUUUCUAUACUGCAUGGUUUAUGAUAAUGUUUUAUCAUAUUUAUUACCAUUCCUUCAAAGAUCUCAGGAUGAUACAUCAUGUCUAGAACUUCUGAAGGAACUGUGGAGUCAACUAGGAACCCAUUGCAUUUCAGGUUCUUUUAAAGAAAUAUGACUUACAGAUGGUCCCAGCAGGCAGAGUGAAAGUCACUGUCAGGAAUGGAUUAAAAUAUAAAGACAUGAUGUAGUAAUUUGAGCAUUGUACUAUGAUUCCUUAGUGGCUGCGGUGGCAUGGCAGGUUAAACCACUAAGCGGCGGUUUGAGUCCACAGGAUGGGGUGAGCUCCCGUUGCUAGCCCCAGCUUCUGCCAAUCUAGCAGUUUGAAAACAAGCAAAUAAUAAUAAUAAUAAUAAUAAUAAUAAUAAUAAUAAUAAUAAAACUUUAUUUAUACUCCGCCACCAUCUCCCCAAUGGGGACUCGGGGCGGCUUACAUGGGGCCACGCCCAAAACAAUACAAUGUAAACAGCAUAUAAAAGAACAGCACACCACAAUACAGUAAACAAUACAGUAAAUAAUAUCCAUUACAAAAUAAAACAAGGAGACAAUAAAAACAAGGGCAGACCACAUGAACAUUAAGUUAAAACUCGGGGUGAGAAAGACAUAAAAAUAAAAACCACAGCGAACAGGGUCAUAAGGGAGUGGGGUAUUCUGGAGGAUAGAUAUUAGGGGGAGCAACGGAAAAGAAAUAUAAAAUGGUUACUCUCCAAAAGCGCAGCGAAAGAGCCAUGUUUUCAAGUCUUUCUUGAAGGCUGCUAGUGUGGGGGCUUGCCUAAUCUCCGCAGGCAGAGAAUUCCACAAUCGGGGGGCCACAGCAGAAAAGGCCCUCUCCCUUGUUCCCACAAAUGUGAGUAGAUCAAUAAGUACUGCUUCAGUGGGAAGGUAAUGGCGCUCCCUGAAGUCAUGCUGGCCAUAUGACCUAGGAGGUAUCUGUGGAAAAUGCCAGCUCUUCAGCUUAGAAAUGGAGAUGAGGAUCACCCUCCAAAGUCAGAUUUGACUAGACUUAAUGUCAAGGGAAAACCUUUACCUUUACUUUACUAUGAUUCUGGAAAACAGAUUGAAAUCCUCAUUUCACCACUGAGACCCAGUUGAUCACCUUGGACAAGCCAUAAUCUUUCAUCCUCAGAGGAAGGCAAAAGCAAAAAUGCUCUGAACGAAACCUUGUCAAAAACUCUAUGAUUGGUUCAUUUUAGGGUUAACAUAAGUUAUAGUUGACUUGAAGGCACACAACAAAAAUAAAGAGCAGAGAAGGAGAGUACAUUUGAAAAUACAAUAUUCUAAAAAUUGCCAACUCUCCAAUCCCCAUUUUCUUCAUGCCAAGAAACCCUGACAAAAUAUUAUUUUCUGUACAGAACAUGCUGAUUGCCAUAUGGAGAUUUUUUGCACAGAAUAGGUUCUGAAUUGUGACUAGGCUUUGAAAGCUAUGGGGUGUUGAUGGGGGAGAGACAUGGGGCGCUUCCAGACAGCACUAAAUCAUGGGUUUUAAACAGGGGCAAAAAAUCCCAGGACUCCAAAAGAGGUCCAUAUACAAACCUGUUAGUCUUGGGAUUUCUGCCUCCCUUGUCCAGACUUGCUGCUUUGUUCCGAGAUUUAGAAGCUCCCAAGAUGGCCACUGUGGGACUUCCACCGGAAACCUCGAUAGCUUUUUAAAAAAAGCCCUGAGAUGCGGAUGUAUGGAUAUGCGGAUGUCUGCAGAAGUUCCAUUCUUUUUUCUGGCCAGAAAAUCUGUGCACUCCAGACAUUUCAUAAAGUAUCUGCCACACAAACAAACCUAAUGGGUAGGACCACUAUUGCCCAAGUCAGCACUGUACAAAAAAAAAAAAGGAAAAAGGAACUCACACCUUCAAGCCAAGAACAGAACUUUGUCAUUAUUGACACUUUUUAGAGCCUGGCUGUCUGGCCAUAUGUCCAGACAGAUUUGGUUGGGUACUUGUGGCAUCAAACAACAGGGUGCUGUUGCUGGCUGUUUCUAUUAGCCACCUGCAUGACCUUGGCUCUCAAUAUUUACAUUCCUCUCCAGCACGUCCAUGUCCCAACAGCCAAUAGUAAAAUUUUGCCAUUUACUAAACUGUACCCAUCUUGUCAGCAUACACCCAAUGAGGAACCAACAUGUAUAACCUGGCAACAUCAUCCUGUUGUUCCCUGGCACAAGUACACCAUGAAACCUGUCUGCACAGAUAGAUGGCCAUACAUUUAUUUAUUUAUUAUUGUAUUUAUAUUCCGCCCUUCUCAUCCCGAAGGGGACUCAGGGCGGAUCACAUUAUACACACAUAGGGCAAACAUUCAAUGCCCAUAAACACAUCAAACAGAGACUGAGACAGACAGACGCAGAGGCAGUUUAACCUCCUGAGGGGAUGUUCGAUUCUGGCCACGGGGGGAGCAGCUGCUUCAUCAUCCACUCUGACGGCACUUCCUCAUUCCAGGCCAUAAAUUAGUUAAACUUGCCUCCCCACUUUUUUAAUAAGUGGUACCUUAUUUCCUACUUGAUAGAUGCAACUAUCUUUCGGGUUGCUAGGUCAGCAACGAGCAGGGGCUAUUUUUUAUUUUUAAUUGACGGGUGCUCACCCCGCCACGGGCUGGCCUCGAACUCAUGACCUCAUGGUCAGAGUGAUUUAUUGCAGCUGCUCAACAGCCUGCGCCACAGCCCGGCCCCAUGAAGGUCUGACUAACUACAGUAAUGAUGACAUUCUGUUCCUGGUUUGAAAGUGUCUGUUCCUGUUUCAUUGUGUACUACUUAAUGUGAAAGUACUUGUGGCACCUUAGGAUCUUCAUUUUUCUGCCAUAAACUUAAUUAAACAGCUGAAGGACGAAGUUCCUCUUCCCAGAACAAAGUUUUUUGCUUUCUACUCAAGUGUCACCUUCUUUUUAGGAACCAACCAAUCAGGAACAAACAUCUAAAACCCGGGAACAUACCCAGAUAAAAAAUCCUGUGAUUUCCGAUUGUAGGGACAUACAGAAAUGCGAAGAUCCGGAUAUUUGGCUAAAACCGCAAUAUUCCCGCACCUAGAAAUCUCGUGUUCUUGCCUUUUGUAGAGAUUGCUUCAGGAUUUACAAGGAAUGGCAUCUGGCCACCCUUCUGUUUGCUGCUUGGAGCUCCUGGGAUAAAGGUACUGUCUGGAUGGGCCCAUGGUGAGCUUUGAGGAAAAGGCCAAAAUAUAAUCCAGAUAAAUAUUAUCUGUCCUUCAGGGGCAUGUGUUUGGUGAUUAUUGGGCCAAACAGGCAAUUAAGUAAUGUCAACAAUUUUGUUGCUAAUGCUAGACUUUCCCCAAAGGCAUAGGGCCAAAAUUUUGGAAAGGUCAGCCUGGGCAUUAUUAGCACAUAGAGCAAAACUCUCUUCCAAUUUGUAGCCUUCCCAUCAAAGAACUAAAAAAAAAAAAAAGGGGGGGGGGCGGUUAACUGAGGAAGAAAUUAGGCUAAAAGUUGAAGAAGACUUUAAUUUGUAAGAAAAAGAGCUAAAUAAUUGAUGCAGCCUCAGUGCCAAAGGUAAUUUCAGCUGCUCUCUCUCCCUCUCUCGUACAAAGACAUUUAGCAUUGAUUGAGAUCAAAGUAUUUAAAACCCCUGCUGUUGAACUGAAAGGCAAAACUUUCAGCUGCCUUUCUCUGCUCUAAUAAUAUCGUCUUUAUGUAGUUAAUAAACUGCACACUUCAGUCAAACUAUAUCAUUACAGAAGACUUAGGGAGCUAAUAAUUUAAAAGCAAAGAAGCGCCUCUGUUCUUUGCUUUGAACUAAACAACAUUCUGUUGAAUGAGGGCGACAUCAAAGCUUUGUCACUAUUACCAGUGUGGCUGGAGCAGAGGGUCUCGCCGAGUGUGUACUUCAGUCAUCUGAGGCGAAGGGGAAGCACGGAGAGGAGGGAAGGGAAGGUUGAGAUUAAAGAUACUGCCUUAUCAAGCCACAGGCAGAGCCAGGUGUUUUCUUUUUCUGCUGCGCAAGCAUCAGGUGGCUUGCUUAUCAAUGAGUUUGCUUGUUAAAUGUAUGUACAUGAAUUAGGCUGGGCGGCUCUUGGCUCCAGCCAGGUUUAUUAGCAGCCUUUCAUUCCCUUCCCGCUAACAUUUUUCCUUUUGAUAGAAAAAAAAUGGGUACAGACAGACACACGCACACUUAAUUUUUUUAAUUUAUAGCUCGCUCAUCCAAUCCUUUCCAACAAAAGGCCACCCAAGAUGACUAAUGACAACAUAAUUCCAUUAAAAGCAAUACUAUUAAAACAAGAUGGAUUAGCAAUAGUUCAAACAUGCCAAUAAAAGAUGAAUCAUAGGGUUGGAAGAGACCACAUGGGCUAUCUAGUCCAACCCCCUGCCAUGCAGGAAAAGCACAAUCAAAGUAUCCCUGACAGAUUGCCAUCCAGCGUCUGUUUAAAAGUUUCCAAGAAAGGAGCUUCCACCACACCCCAAGGCAGAGAGUUCCACUGUUGAGCAGCUCAUAUGGUCAGGAAGUUCUUCCUAAUAUUCAGGUGGAAUCUCCUUUCUUGUAAUUUGAACCCAUUGCUCUGAGUCCUAGUUUCCAAGGCAGCAAAAAACAAGCCUGUUCCCUCUUCCUUAUGACACUCUUUCACAUAUUUAUACAUGGCUAACAUAUCUCCUCUCAACCUUCUCUUCUGCAGGCUACACAUACCCAGUCCUUUAAGACGCUCCUCAUAGGGCAUAGUCUCCAAAUCUUUGAUCAUUUUAGUCUCCCUCCUCUGGACGCCUUCCAGCUUGUCAAUAUCUCUUUUCAACUGUGGUGCUCAGAAUUGGACACAGUAUUCCAGAUGAAGUCUAACUAAAGCAGAAUAGAAAGGCACCAUGACUUCUCUGGAUCUAGACACUAUACUCCUUUUGAUGCAGCCCAAAAUCCCAUUGGCUUUUAAAGCUGCUGCAUCACACUGUUGGCUCAUGUUCAACUUGCUGUCCACGAAGAUUCCAAGAUCUUUUUCACAUGGACUGUUGUUGAGCCAGGCAUCAUCCAUUUUGUAUCUUUGCAUUUCAUUUUUUCUAAAUGUAUCUUAGAAAAAUGUAAGUAUCUUACAUUUAUACUUGUUGAAAUUUAUUUUGUUAGUUUCGGCCCAUCUUUCUCAUCUGUUGAGGCCAUUCUGAAUUCUGAUCCUGUCCUCUGGAGUAUUAACUAUGCCUCUUAAUUUGGUGUCAUCUGCAAACAUCUGUCCGUCCUCUAAACCUUCAUCUAAGUCAGUGGUUCUCGACCUGGGGUCCCCAGAUGGUUUUGGCCUUCAACUCUCAGAACUCCUAACAGCUGAUAAACUGUCUGGGAUUUCUGGGAGUUGUAGGCCAAAAACAUCGGGGGACCCCAGGUUGAGAGUAAAGAUGUUGAACAGUACUGGGUCCAGGACUGAAGCCUGCCACAGUCCACUAGUCACUUCUUUCCAGGAUGAAGAGGAACCAUUGAUGAGCACUCUUUGGGUUCAGUCGCUUAAGCAAUUACUGAUCCACCUAAAAGUAGCAUCGUCUAGCCCACAUUUGACUAAUUUGCUUGCAAGAAAAUUAUGGGGGACUUUGUCAAAGGCCUUAUUGAAAUCAAGAUAUGCUACAUCCACAGCAUUCCCUGCAUCUAUCAAGCUUGCAACUCUAGCAAAACAGAGAUAAGAUUAGUCUGGUAUGACUUGUUUUUGAGAAAUCCAUUUUGACUUUUAGUGAUCACAGCAUUCCUUUCUAAGUGAUUGCAGAUUUAAAUCACUUUCUAAAUAAAAAGAUGCUUGUCUGCUGGUGUAAGAGCAGUUGUUAACUGUCUUUAAGUCAACUUUGAUUCAUGGUAACUCCGUGAAUAGUGUGACCUCUAAGUCACACUAUUAUCAACAGCCCUGGAUAGCAUCAUGGCUUCCUUGCUUGAGUCUAUCUGCCCAGAAUUCUCUUUUACUUCUGUCUUCUGCCCUGAUAAACAUUUCCACUGAGUCAGGGCUUCUCAUGAUAUGGCCAAAGUAUGACAGUCUCUAAGGGUUAGUCAACUUGGCUUAUGGAAAGGGUUUGGACUUGAUUGUUCUUUAAUGUGUGCCUUCAUACCAUUUAUAAUCAUGGUAGGGUUUUGCCUUUGUUUUCGUCUGUGGCUGAGAAUGUGACUUGCCCAAGGACAUCUAAUGGAUUUCUUUGCCCAAGUGCAGAUUUGAAUCCUGGACUCCAGAGAUGUAGUCCAACACUCAAACCACUAUACCAUGCUCACACUUUCAUUUUGCUCUAUGAAUCUCAUCACAUUAAUGAGGUCUGCAUUCUGAUUCACCAGCCUCCGUAGUGAAUCGGGGGCCCCAUGGCUGGCUGGCAGCUGAUGCUUCCCCAUCACAUGUGGGGAAGCAUUGCUAUGCAGCUUUUCCCUAUGGUAGCCUGUUGUUCCAAAUGAAACAUGGAGACGCUAUCAUAUUGGUGGUGCAGUGUGCCCCAGUUGACACACGAAGCCUAUUGGAUGUAAAGUUAUGUCAUGUGAUAGUCGACAUGGGGUUCCAUGGGUCAACUGCAGUGGCAACGUCCUACGACGUUAGAUUUUCCACAUGUGAUGAGGCCGUAAGAUCCAUGUACUGCAUUUGUUUGUUUUUCAAGUCCAUUGUAUCUAUAGAACUCUUCCCCGGCACUGCAUUUCAAAUGAAUUUUAUUUUGAUAGCAGCUUCCUUCACUGUCCAGCUUUUGCAAGCAUGUAUACAAAUGGGAAGUAUGGUGACAUGAACAAUUUUAACUUUAGUAUUCAAUGAUUUCAGGACCUUGUCUAGUCCCUUCAUAGCUGCCCUACUUCUUCUGAUGGCUUGACCACAGCUUCCAUUCUGAUUAAUGAUUACUUUCUGGAUAACCCUCGUAUUUCCCAUGAAAGCAAAGUAAUGCUCAAAAUUCUUUUUAGAUUAUAAGGAACUACUUUUAUCACAUAUGUAGUGAGAAUUGCAGUUGAUGGGUUUGAUUCAAUCAGUGUUUGCAUUGACUGAUUUUGCUACAUCUCUCCUCACUAGUAAUGCCAUCUAAUUUCUUGUUAGAGUUUCAUUAUCUGAGUAAGACACUGUGAUUCUCUGACUUUGCUCCUGUCCACUUUAGCUCACUCACCUCAAAUAUCCCGAUCUCCUCAUAACCUCUUAUCCACCAUUGGUGGACUGUAGGAGUGAUUUGCAUACAAACCUGCACAGGAUCCUAAGCAAAAAAAUAAAAUAAAAAAUAAAAUAAAAAUUAAGACAAAGUGGUACCAUUCCAGUUCCAAUUCUGUUAUGUGUUUUCUGUUACAACACUAUAACCACUAUGAGCUUGCCCAACUUUCUCUGAUUUUGAAAGCCAAGCACAGUCAGUCCUGGUUAUGACAAAGGUCUCCAGAGACCCAUAAUUAUAGUGCUAUUUCCCCAUUUUAAUUGCCAUGCUUUCAUCUUACGGCAGUGGUUCUCAACCUUUGUGUCCCCAGAUGUUUUGGCCUUCAACUCCCAGAAAUCCUAACAGCUGGUAAAAUGGCUGGAAUUUCUGGGAGUUGUAGGCCAAAACACCUGGGAACCCACAGGUUGAGAACUACUGUCCUAGGGGAUCCUGGGAUCUGCAGUUUGCUGAGAUUUCUGGCAGAGUUAAAGGCCUCUCCUUCAACUGCCAAUCACAGGAUUUCAUAGUACAGUACAUAACCUUGCCACUGUGCCAGUUAAAAGUGGGAUAAUAAUCACAUCAUAAUUGUGUAGUGCAAUGGGUCCCAGAUAAAAUUAUGAGAGUCCUUUCUAAAACCUUGGAAAGGUAUUGCUGCCAGCCAGAGUGGGCAAUAAAGCAAUGGACCAAAGUGUCCAUUGAAGUGGUACAUUGUAUUUUCCCUUUUCCUUUUUUCUUUACUUUGCACUUUCAUCCCAUGCCCUUAUUCCUUAGCUACAGCUUGCACUAUGCCUUUCCCUUCUUCUUGUUUACAGUUGGCCAUGUUUUUACAACAGUUGACACUAUAGGUCAUUGGGCACUGUUCUGAGUUCAAAUUGUUGUUUUAAUACUACUGGUUGUAUUUUGUAUUGUACUGUAUGUUUAUUUUAUGCAUUGUUUUAGGCACUUUGUGCUAUAUGUAAGCUGCCUUGAGUCCCUUUGGGGAGAUGGAGGUGAAUGACAAAAAUAAAGAAUUUGUUGUUGUU